UCCGAGAGGCUAUACUUAUACUGUCGUUUUGAAAUUUACCAGACAGUCUUUAAGAAGUUCUUCUAUAGUUUAGAUCGAUAUUGUCAAUGCAUUGCUUGAUAUGAAGCUAUUAUUAUUAGUGAUUUGUUUAUUAAUUGAAAUCAAUUAUUCUUUAAGUGUGCUGGAAUCUUUUGUAAAGCGAGCCAAGCAAAGUGAAUUUUUUGCUAAAUUAAUUAAUCAAAAGCACACAGCCAUUGUUGAAAAACAGCGAUACUUCGAUCACUAUGAUUUCAUAAUAGUCGGUUCUGGUCCGGGUGGUUGCGUACUUGCUAAUCGCUUGACAGAGAACAAGAAAUGGAAUGUAUUAUUAAUAGAAGCGGGAAAAGUCGAGACAGCACUGCAAGAUGUUCCAGUUCUAGCUGCAUAUAUGCAGUCAACAGCAUUUAAUUGGGGUUUCGUUUCUGAGCCUCAGGCCGGCUCUUGUUUCGGUAUGGAUGAAAAUAGAUGUGGAUUUCCAAGAGGAAAGGCUCUAGGUGGAACAAGUGUUAUAAAUUACAUGAUUUAUAAUCGUGGAAAUAAAAAUGACUUUGAUCGAUGGGCAGCUGCCGGAAAUUAUGGAUGGUCAUGGAAUGAAGUUCUUCCGUAUUUCCUUAAAUCAGAACGAUCAACAUUGGAAGGAUUUGAAAAUUCCCCAUAUCAUAACAGACAUGGAGAAAUGAGUGUUGAAUAUAACAGACAUCGGACGCUGUAUUCUAAACUAUUCGUAAAAGCCAGCAAUCACUUAGGAUUACGAGAAGUUGAUUAUAAUUCCGGUCAACAACUUGGUGUAUCAUUUUUGCAAGCAAACACUUUGAAUGGCCGCAGACAUUCAGCAUUCAAAGCAUUUAUCGAGCCAAUUUUAAACCGUCCUAACCUUCACGUUAUGAUAAAUACUCGUGCAACAAAAGUCCUUAUCGAUCCGUCAACAAAAAUUGCGUAUGGUGUUGAAUUGUUAAGAAAUCGUAAGCGAUACCGUAUUUUAGCUAGAAAGGAAGUGAUAUUAUCAGCUGGGACUUUUAUGUCACCACAAAUUUUGAUGUUAUCAGGAAUUGGAAUGAAAAGUGAUCUGAAUAGAAUAGGAGUUCCAGUCAUUCAAGAGCUACCUGUUGGUAAAAUAAUGUAUGAUCAUACAACUCACAUAGGAGUUGUUUUUGUUGCUAAUACGACAGGAGAAUCCCUUAACUCAGACAGAGCUAUUCAGCCUAAUAAUGUCGUUAAAUUUCUUCAUGGUCAAGGAAUUCUGACUGUUCCCGGUGGUGUUGAGGCAUUGGGCUUUAUAAAAACAAAUAUUAACAAUUUUCGAGGUGAAACUGUUCCGGAUGUUGAAUUAAUAUUUUUGGCGGGUGGAUAUUUUUCAGAUGAAGGAACUGGCGUUAGGAGAGGAAUUAGAAUUACUGAUAAAAUUUAUAAUAGUGUAUAUAAAAGACUCGAAGAUAGAUCUAUAGAUGCAUUUACUGUUGCCCAAAUGCUAUUCCAUCCAAAAUCUGUUGGAUACUUAGAACUUAAAAGUUCUAAUCCCUUCCAUUGGCCAAAAUUUUAUCAUAAUUUCUUCAAGAACGCCGACGAUGUUGAGACAAUGUUAGAAGGCAUUAAAGCUACUCUAAAAUUAGUAAAUACGCCUCAAUUCAAAAGCAUAGGAGCUCGUGUCUAUUCUGUUCCACUACCAAAUUGCGCUCAUAUACAUUUUGGAACAGACGACUACUGGAGGUGCUCAAUUCGCACACUAUCGUCUUGAUUACAUCAUCAAACAUCGACGUGCAAAAUGGGCCCAAUUACUGAUCACACAGCAGUCGUGUCACCCGAAUUAAAAGUACACGGUUUUAAAAAUUUAAGAGUCGUUGAUACAAGCAUUAUUCCAGAAGCUCCAACUGCCCAUACUAAUGCCAUGUCUGUUAUGAUAGGUGAGAAAUGUGCAGACAUGAUAAAAAGGCAAUGGUCAUAAAAUUUUUAUUCAAUAAUUAUUUUAUAUUUUGCUUGAUAAAUGAAUAAAUUGAAU